CCAAUUUACAAAUUAUUACAUUAAGUACAUUGUGCCUAUAUGUAGUUAGGUAGGUACAUAAAAAUUAAAAACGUUUAUUUAGAAAAUCGGAAGACGUAAAUUCAAAUUUCAAAAUGCAAAUUGCAAUCCACAGAGGUGACAGAGCGAGCACUUUACUGUAUUAAACUGUUCGUUGUCGACUGUUUAUUAUCGUGUUUCAUGUUUGUUAAAUAAAUAAACAGCAGCUGAUUGUCUGGUACAAGUGUGUUUAGUGUUUGUUAUCAAUAUCAACACCACAGAAGUUAAACCAUUAAAUGUCGAACACUACACCACUGCCCGUCAUACGAUCGGACGAUAUAACGUCACUCAUAUCGAGGAACAUUGAACUAAGUUUAAUUUAUUUGCGAAGACGUAAUAACUACAGUUAAUGCGAGUGCUGCAUCGUUAACAUACGUUUGAUAUCGUAAUAACAACAACAGCUAUGUGCUGUAGUAAAUUAUUUUUAUAUUUUCCAAUCGUAUUAAGUUUAUUGACAAAACAAUGUCUUGGAUUAUCGCCAGUUAUUCUCAUUCCUGGAGAUGGUGGCAGUCAGUUGGAGGCCAAAUUAAAUAAAACAGAAGUUGUCCAUUAUAUUUGUGCAAAAACUUCAAGUGACUAUUUCAAUAUUUGGUUGAACCUAGAACUGUUGGUGCCAUUUGUGAUAGACUGUUGGGUGGAUAAUUUACGAUUAGAAUAUGAUAAUGUCACUAGAACAACGAAGAAUCCUCCAGGGGUGGAUGUUCGUGUGCCAGGAUGGGGGAAUCCGGAACCUGUGGAGUGGCUGGAUCCCUCACACACCUCAACUGGUGCUUACUUCAAUACUAUAAGUGAUGCUCUAGUCAAAAUGGGAUAUAUAAGAAAUGUGUCAAUAAGAGGAGCUCCGUAUGAUUUCCGAAGAGCACCAAAUGAAAACGGUGAAUUCUUUGUUAAAUUAAAGUCUCUGGUAGAGGAAACAUAUAAUAUGAACAACAAGUCAUCGGUAACUUUGUUGGUACACAGCAUGGGGGGUUCCAUGGCACUGCACUUCCUGAGACAGCAGACACAAUCCUGGAAGGAUCAGUACAUUAGAAGAAUGAUAUCUCUAUCGACACCCUGGGGUGGUGCUAUUAAAGCUCUAAAAGUUUUUGCUAUAGGCGACGACCUGGGGUCCCUGAUGCUCCGCGAGAGCACGAUGCGCACGGAACAGAUCACUUGUCCGUCGCUGGCGUGGCUGCUGCCCUCGCCCAACCUGUGGAAGCCGAGCGAGGUACUGGUGCAGACCGACAAGUACAACUACACCAUCAACGACUUCCAGAAGCUUUUCAUUGAUAUGGACCUGCCCAACGCGUGGGAGAUGCGAAAGGACACGGAGAAGUACUCGCGAGACUUCACGGCGCCCGGUGUCGAGCUGCACUGCAUCUACGGGUACAACAUAUCCACUGUAGAGAGGCUGGUGUACGGGCCGGGGACGUGGCUUGACGGGUACCCCACGCUAGCGAGCGGUGACGGUGACGGCACCGUCAACCUGCGGUCGCUGUCGGCGUGCGCGCUCUGGACCAAGAGGGGGGGCCGGCCCCGCUCGCUCAACGGUCGCGCCGUCAAGUCCGUGCCGCUGAAGGGAGCGGAGCACCUGCGGAUACUACACGACCCGCGCGUCAUCACCUACAUCCAGACAGUCAUGGCGCACUAACUUCCGCCAACACUCCAACUCAGAUAAUGCUCUCUAUACUACGAAUUAUUUUACCAAAAAUGAUAUAUUUUUUAUUAUUAAUACAUUCUUCCUAGUCGUUCAUUUCAAAAUGGCCGUCGUCACAAUGAUAAUGUUUUAGUACUUGUUUCGAAUUGAAAUGAACGGCUAGUGUAAGUAGAGGUUAAAUUGUAAAACACUCUGUAUUUGCCUCGCGCGAUAACUGUAGGUGUAUUGUUUAUGUUUGUUCCAUUUAUCUAAAACUUUUUAAUGCUUCGCCGUGAUUGAGAAGACUUAUUUUUCUGAUCAAAUAAAAAAGCACCUGUGACUGGAAUAAAAGAAGACACUCGUGUCGCCGUGAGGGACUGACAACCGACCACUUAUCCUACCUCCAGGAUUCCGCACGACCGUAGGUUUUUAUCGUACCUAAAACACAGAAGUAUAGAAGAGGAGUAUUACCUAUAGCAAAACGCUAAAGUGGAGUACGUGCUGUGUCUCAUCUCUAAUUCUCUUUUUUAUUUUGUACUAACUUUUACCCGCGACUUUGCUCGCGUGGAAUAAAUACUUUAGGCAUAAUUUUUUAUUUUGUGGGAUACUUUCCUAAUAAUACACAUACAAACUGCUCUGCCGCUGGCGGCCCUCUUAUACUAUACAUCGAAUAUCCCUUGUCAUUGUGGACAGUCUGUUUAAUAGUAUUUUCCUGCGAACUUUAAUCUCCUAUUUCAUCCCCAUGUAGGUCAAAGCUCGAUCACAUACUUAUAAAUUACUUAAAGUAGCCUAUAUGCUUUUCCAAGCUCUAGUCUAUCUUUGUACUAAAUUUCAUCAAAAUCAAAUACAACAAAAUAAUAAUAAACCAUCUAGGAUAAAUUUCGCAUCGAAUGGUGGUAGUUUCAUGUCGAUACGAGCUGUGGUUUAGGCGUGAUUUAGCCUCAAACAAAGAUCAUUUUCAUUAUAUAUUUAGAAGAAGUAGGGAUGGGCCCAGUUCAGCACUGCUCUUCGUCAAAUUCAUAUAGCCGUGACAACUCGAAAACAAGACAUCGGAAAUUGAGUCAGGUCUCGUGGACGUUUUAUAAGGACAAUUGGUGAUGUCGUAUGAGUUAGGUGCAUGCUGCAGUUAUUCUGAAUCAUCAUCAUCGGCCGGAAGACGUCCACUGCUGGACAAAGGCCUCCCCCAAAGAUCUCCACGACGUAUUCCGGCGAUCUUGACCAGAUCGUCGGUCCAUCUUGUCCUACCAACACUGCGUCUUCCGUUAUGUGGUCGCCUCCGUGGAGGAUUCUGAAUAAUAUUAAGAAUUUACAUUAAAUUACAUUUGAUGUCCGAUAAUAGGUAAAUUUUAUUGCAAUUGGGCUUCAAACUAGCGGUGCCCCUUAUAAUUUUUCUUGUGAAAUGUGUUGUUACCAUUAUUAUGUAAGGCUGUGUAAUUGUAAGAUCUCAGAUUAUAUCCUCUCUAUAAACAAUAUUAAUAUAUACUUUGUUUAAGAAAAUAAAACCCCACUGAAUAUUAAUUAUUUAGUCAGAGAAAUACACUCUUUAAUUGCCACAUGAUAUGGAACUUGCUAUUUAUUAAAUUUAUUCGAUUUUACACGAUUAGAGUUGACUAACUGAAACGGCAGGACCCAUGAAUUUAAGGAUUUCAAAAGAAAUUAUUAUAUUAGUACUUGCAUUUGCAUAAAUUGUAUAAGUAGGGUCAAAAAACGUAAGUGGUGUGGGUUUUUUUACGCACGAGCGUUUUUUGAUUUAGCUAUACAACAUUGCAUGUCAUGUAAUACUUUUUCUACGACUAGGAAAUUUUAAAUUAAAUAUACAAAAACCACAUGUUUUCGAGUUGCCGCUUAAAUGUAUAGUAAACAUACUUAUGGUGAGUGGUUUUAUUUUUACUUUAAAGAAUGGUAAAGGAUACAAGAUAACGUGGCAAAUGUAAAAUUUACAGAAUAUACCUUUCAAUAUUCAGCAUCUUGGCUUUAGAAAGGUUUUAUUCUUAAGUCGACAUUAAAAUGUUACUGUUUAGUCGAAUGAUAUAAAUAUAUGGAAAUAUUAUAUAUGUAGUAUGUACUACAUGUUACCUAAUAUUUGUAUGAACCUACCAUACCUAACUUAGAUUUUGUAAUCUGUGGCACCAAAAAACUGUACUUUUUGGAGACAUUAAAGUACGCUAAACAAUGUCUUAUAGGCCAUAGAGUAUACUGUUUCAAAGACUCAAUAAACUAUGUACUUAUAUUAGUGAUCGUGGCUGUAUAAAUGACAGAUAAAGAUAAUAUUACUGCCUUAGAUUAAGGAUUGGUCUCCGCUACGCUCCAACUAGAUACCGCACCACCUAAGAACAAUAGCUUAUUACGGCAACUAUUAGAUGCUUGUGUGCGUGGCAUUUUGACACUCAAUGGCAAAUUUAAAAUUUCAUAACAUGCGCUUCGUGUUUUACAUUGAAAUUAAUAAAAUACAAAAUACUUACUGAUGAUAUGUGAUCCCAAUGUCUUUUUUUCUUGUAGUAUUAUUUUUCAAGGUUUUACUACGCAACCCGGCAUUUUAGUUUCAAUUAUUAGCAUAGUUUAACAGAACAUGUGGCCGUCACAUUAUUCGAGACUGGCUCGAGUACGCCCACUUGAACGUAGUAUUAGUUACCACACUCUGCAACUAUGCCUGCGGUAUCUAGUUGAAUCGCAGCGGAGUCCAAUACUCAAUCUAAGUAUUCACCAAUAUUUAAUAUAUAUAUUAGAACUUUAAGUAGAAUAAUUGUGAAAGGAUACUGCAAUGUAUUUAGACGGUUACGAUUGAUAGAUAACGUAAUAAAACAUACUCUGUGAAUAAUACUUCAAAAGAUGCUUUAAAAUAGAUGUUAAUUAUAAGCGAUGUGCUCACUAACUCAUAAGAAUCCAACAACCCCAUGCCAGAUGAACUUAAAUAAACGAAAUAUAACACUA